UGCUUAGCUGUUUACAUCUGUUAUGUGUUUUCCUCACCAGAUGUGUCGUACGCUUGUUGCUAGCAAGCUAAAGGUUAAUGAGGCAGCGGUUCGGUGUUUUCCGUACCGAGGUGGAUCUAAAACUCUACACGCUGCUGCUGGAGGGAGAAAUGUGCGAAGAAGAACAGGCACUCGAGGGGUUUCUGUUUUAUUAUGGGGUACAUUUUUAAUGGGAUUUUGACUCAGCAAAGUAAUUGAAUUAGACUUGACAGAAAGCUGAGAUAGAACACCUCGCUUACGUUUCAGAGUAGCUAAUUAGGUAUCCAAAUGUGAUGUGAUGAAGUGGAGAAAUGCGGCGAUGAAACCCGUUUUUUGUCCUGUGCUGUGGUUCUGUUUCGGUUUUCAUUUAUCCCCAGAUGCUCCUCCUGGCUUUGACACAUCUCUCAACUGUCACCUGAUUACAGGGAAUCUGACACCGAGAAGAAGAGGGAAUUUCUUUUUGUCCUACCUUCUACGCGGGCAACAUUUAACUUACUGAGCGGAAACGCUUCAUGAUAAGUUUAUAAAAAGACAGUAACAUGUUAAAAAGGGAACCGAAAACUGGUCUGUCGUCAUUCAGCUGUGUUCAGCAACUCCCAGAGUGGAAAAAGUUUGUCUAGUUAUACCGGUAGUGUAUUCAACUAUAUCUUACCCCUGUCGAGAGCUGAUUGAGGCGUGUGGUGCCGACACUUUCCUUUGAACUGCUUUGUGUCUCGCGAGCCACCAUGUCGGACACAGAGAGGUCUCUGCCAGCCCUCAGGAGGCUCUGCUAUGCGGUGGGACACUUUCUCAACGACCUGUGUGCUUCUAUGUGGUUCACAUACCUGCUGGUGUUCUACCACUCAGUACUGGGAUUCAAAAACACAUAUGCAGGUGUGUUGCUGCUGGUUGGGCAGAUAGCUGAUGGCAUCUGUACGCCUCUCAUUGGCUAUGAGUCUGACCGAACCCCCGGCUGUGGCAACUAUGGCAAAAGGAAGACAUGGCAUUUAGUGGGUACACUGAGCGUGGUGCUGUCCUUUGCUUUCAUCUUCAACCAGUGUCUGGGCUGUAGCUCAUUCACCCCCCAGUGGGCCAGUUUGAUCUACUUCAUCCCGUUCAUCAUCAUCUUUCAGUUCGGCUGGGCCGCCACCCAGAUCUCCCACUUGUCUCUCAUUCCAGAGCUAGUCUCCUGUGAGCACGCUAAAGUAGAACUCACUGCAUACCGGUACGCAUUCACAGUGAUAGCCAACAUCACAGUGUAUGCAGUGGCUUACCUGCUGUUCCACGUGCAGGCCGGAGGGGACGAAGAUCCGCUCAGUGAUGCACUUGGACCAGUCGAUAUCCCCGUCUUCAGGAAUCUGGCGCUGAUUGUGCUGGGCAUUGGUGCUCUCUUCUCCCUCCUCUUCCACCUGGGAAUCAAAGAGAGGAGUGCUGGAGCAGGAGGAGAGGCUAGAGAAGAGGAGGGGAGGAGUAGGGAGAGGAUGGAGGAGGAGGGGGAGCGGAGGCCUCUGCUUCCUCGCCAUAAAACCUCCGCGUCUCCUCUGCAGUGGAAAUGUUGGCUGCAGCAGCCCUCUUUUUACCAGGUGGCCUUACUCUACAUGUCAACCAGGUUAAUGGUCAAUCUGUCUCAGACAUACAUCUCAAUGUAUCUCAUCAACACUCUGGGGCUGCCCAAGAAGUUCAUUGCAACCAUCCCAUUAGUGAUGUAAGUGAGUGGCUUCCUGUCCUCCUUCAUCAUGAAGCCUGUCAGUAAGCUUAUUGGAAAAUGUCUCACCUACUUCAUAGGCCUCUUGCUGAUCAUGGCCUUCUCCUACUGGGUGCUAUUGGAUGAUAAGAUGGGCCAGUGGGUGUAUGGGCCUGCUGUGCUGCUGGGGGCGGGGUCCGCCACCAUCCUGGUCAUAUCGCUCUCCAUGACUGCUGAGCUCAUCGGCAAUCAGACACAAAGUGGAGCAUUUGUGUACGGAGCCAUGAGUUUCACUGAUAAAGUGGCUAAUGGAGUGGCUGUGAUGAUCAUUCAGACUCUGCAUCCCUGCCAUACUGUGGUGUGCUGUCCUGCCUGUGUGUGGUUCUAUCACUACGUCAUGGUCAUAGUAACAGGAGGCGUGGCAGUUGUUGCAGCUUUAACGCUCUGCUCCAUCCUCAUCUGGCCAAUACAGAUCAGACCACGUGGUCUGACAGUCAUCUCUGAUGAUGCAGCCAGAGUCAACUAACAAUCCCUCCCCCACCUUCCCGCCAACUGACACCGCAGGGUACAUCAAGGAAACACAAAUCCUGGGCCAGUCUCAGCUGGACAGGAAGUGCUUUCACUUUUGUUUCUUUUUAAGAUUCAUCUCUAGUUUUUCAGGGAAGAGCAGCAGGGGGGGAUCCCUGACUGGCUGCUCGACUGGUGCACUUUAUGUGGCACAUUUAGCACUUCUGAUCAAGUUACAGGAGUGAGCAGGGAAACCAGAGGAACUGAUAGGGAGAUUUUUUAUUUCAUGCCUUACUGACAAUUCUGGCCAUUUUCAAAACUAGAUCUUGUUUUCCAACCGUUUUCCAAGAAUUUUUAUAUUGCAGCACGGUAAUUACAAAAAUCAGGUUAUUAUAGGUUCAUUUUAUUGUAGUGACAUGAAUAAUUCGACAGGCAGUAGCUGUCCUGACUCCACCUUAAUUGAUGGAUUUUCACGUUUUUUCGUGGGGAUGCGUCGUCGUCAAUUUGUGCCACCCUGGACUAAUUCCUUAUAAAUUGCAUCUAACCAUUUUUUGAAUAUGCAAUUGCGUUGCCUCUAAAAUUCACUUAGUGUUCUGUCUGAUUCUGAACACACAGUACUGUGUUAAGUCAACAGCGCUGGUAUGAAUUUAUCGGCAGUGAUAGUAAGAAGGGCCAGAUUAGUAUAACCAUGCUGUAUAAAUAUGAUUGGCUGUUACUAAUCAGCAGGUAGGCCAGCAGCUGAUGACUGAGCAUGGAGCAUGAAUGAAGCAUGUCUUCAGCUCUCAUCCAUAAUGUUGGUCCAUGCAUUACUAUAUUUUGAUACACAUUCAUUCCAAUCUUAAUAUUUUCCGUAUUUUACACAUUCUUUGUCACAUAUUCAGUUGUAGAAUCCUAUCACAGAACCCAACCAACACACAAAACAGCUACAUGAUAGCUAACAUCUAUACAGGCCCGCAGAUAUAGCUGGAGUGGAAUGAAGAAUAAUAGGUCAUUGAUUGUAUAGAUUCUUUACACAGUAUUGUGACCACAGAACUGUGAGCAGGAACAUGCUUUGGAUGCUUUACGGGUUGAUUUUGCUUCAUGAUUUUCCAUGGUACGACAUCAGCUACAGCUGUAAACAAUUAUACACAACUUUGGAAAAUGAUGGGAAAACAAGAUCCAGUGUCAACAGCAUGUCUGCGGAGAAAUACGAGGAAACACUGGGAACAGACUGACCUGUUCCUGGCAGAUACCUCACCUGACUGCAGGCUUUAGCUCAUCUAAAGUGGAUCACUUCAAAAGGGAACUGCUAUCCUGUGGCUGCACAAACGGACAUCAGAGUCUACAGGAUGGUGAGGAAAACCAGCUAUAGUGUGAGAUGUAUUCAAGUGAUUAAGCUCAAACACCAAAGAAGAAGCAGGGAGCAUUUUAAAUCCAGUCAGUACUUGCUGCUGAUAUGACACAUAACUACAUUCCAAAAUCAUUCCUGAGAUUCUAAAUGGGGUGGUUAAUUAAGAGAUCAUUACACUAUAUUUCCUCCACAAGUAGGACACAGUAAAAAGCCACUACAUUUACACAGACUGUCACUGGAAACAUGAAAACUGAGUCAGAAAUACAGACAGUCAUGAAGACGAGAAUUAAGGCCUUUAACAAAAAGUUCAACAAUGUCACUUGAAUGUUACUGCAGCAGCAAACGCAACCUCAGAAUAGGUAUGGGACGAUAUGAAUAUUUCAUGUCAAGUUUGUGCUGGCCAAUAUUUUACAGAAAAUCAUCAAAGUAUGCUUAAAACUCUAAAAUGGCACUAAAACAUACUGGAAUCACUUUACCUUACAUUUUGUUAAGAAACAUACAUUUUUAUUACUUCAGAUAGGACACACUUCUUUUAGUGAACAUCCUUUUAAGUGAAAAACAAACUAUCUUGAAAAGCCAAGAUUCUUAAUUAUUUGAAACAGCAUUAUAUAUUUUAAUAUGAAAUGUGCUCGAUAAGGAUCAUCUGUUUUUUUUUUUUUUGGUUUUUUUUUUUUUAAAGGUUGGUGCGUACGCAGUUUGUUUCUGCAGAGUCUCUUUUAUUGUUGGUUGCCCAGCAGUCUGCUGGGCAACCAACAAUAAGGUACCCAUGCGGUUGGUUGCCCGGCAGUCUGCUGGGCAACCAACAAUAACGGCUGCUGCUAACGGUUGCUGCUGUUCGUUAUUUUCCCCGAUAAUGGAAAUUCACCGUGAUCAACUUACUGUGAUUUUAAUGCGAUCCGCAAUAAAUUCGUAUAUCCUCCAAGCAGCAACCUCGCAGGCUGACCAAAAGCUGCAGUUCCUUUAAUGUCCACUUGAGGCUGGCUCCGAGAGCAAGUCAAUCCUCAUAGACACUCAUGCUAAAAUGCCCAAUUUUACAGCAGAAAUGAACAUGUUUACAGGCAGGUCCAAAAACAGUUUUGGUCUCUAUAGCUAAUUUCAACAUUCAUAGCUGUACCGUGUGUGAAGUUUAAAUGUUAGUACGCAUUAAAGCUAUACAUAAUUAAGGGCGUGGCCACUUUGUUACAGUUGCUGUCUGUUGACAAAUCGCUGCCACAGCGACAACAUUGGUGAGAUAACAUAAUCAUGGCGUAACCCUAGAUCCACAGAGUAAUUGGCGUAGGCGUUGCCGUCGCCAUUGCAUUGGGUUUUCAGUCCAUGAAUGUUGAGUGUAAUGUUUCGAUUGUCUAAAAAAGUCUUGCUAAAAAAAAAAAAAACACAAAAAAACCCCUCCAAUAAGUCGGAUAUUCAGUCUUUCUGAUAAGUACAUUUUAUUUUAAUGCUUUUGAGCCUGUCUUUCUCUAGCAAAAAUUAGCAUUGUUACACUUAACCAUAGCUGUAAAUGCUUUGUGCAAAUCAUGCUAGCAGCUAGCAUUAGGGUAAGGGCCACCCUCUUGGUCAAAUAUGGUCACUUCUGGCUCCUAAACUACAAGUCAAAAUGCCAAAGUCUGGUCCACAAACCAAUGGGGGAUGUGACGUUGUGGUGGCUAUGUCCAUUAUUUUAUACACUCUAUGAUAUCGUCCCAUUCCUACCUGAGAAUAAGUUAACUUUUUCCUACGUUCAGCAGAUAGGGAGGCAUUACUGUACUGCCUGUUGUCUCAUUUGACAUCAUACACAUAACUUGUAUGUGAGCCAUAUGGAGCAACUCAUUAUGAUAUGAUCAUAUUUCUAUUUGAAUCAUUUUUCUUUGUACAGUGUUUUCUCUUUUCACAAUAAAGUGCUCCAGGGAUAAUGUUUUUCAGUAGGCCAACUUGGAAGUUAGCAUCGCACUGGUUCCCUUGUCAAAGUCUAUGGGAUUUUUCCAUUGGAGUUUGGAUUAUUGCAGAAAAUAAACUCUGGCAAACAAAUGUUUUUGAUACACGUUUUGUUCAGCAAGAUAAUCUUCACAAAUGAACACCACUUUCAUGAUUAUGAAAAAUUAAAUGCAAUCACCAGAAGUAAAAAGCUAACAUUAAGCUAUAAAUAAACUACACCACUGUCACAUGAUUUAACAUCCCUACCACGAUGAAGCCGUAAAGCUGUGUAGGCAUGAUGACUUCCGUCAUCUCAUUUUGCCACUUGUUAACAACCGUCUUUUUCAAAAAUUUAUGAGUGGGACAUUUACAGACCUAUUUUAUGUUGUAGAGCAAGAGAUCAAAGUCUUUUAGGCUUGUGUGAACUACACACCUUAUAUCAAUCAUCCAACCACAAAUUCAUUCAAAAAGCCCAUUAACUAUGAGACGAGGGAACCAUCAGUGCCAAAAUGCUAACUCAGUUCCAGGUUUUAGCACCCAUUACUGGGGCAACUCUAUCACGGACCAAAUGGAACAUUAAAAUAAAUAAUUUUAUGUAAUCAAAAGACACUUGAAUAGUAGAAAUAUAUUUGAUGUAAAAUAACUUAAAGGGAUCAAUGCUAUGUGUAUUCAUAUAAUGUAAGAAUACCAAUAUAAGGGAAGUAUACUGAUAAAUGAUUGAAACAGGCACUGGUGUUUGACUGGGAGCUGUGGGAAAAUCUGUGUUCAGUUCCAGUUGAGUAAAGUGUUUGUCAUGUCCAGCCAGCCCUGUGCCAAAGCUCUCUGUGACUUGCGUGAUAAUCUCUCAUCCUGAUCCCUGUUUAUAUUUAUGUUUUUACUUCCUUUUUAUGUCUUUGUUGCCUGGAGACUUCUGUGAUUCUACAUGUGUUCGGGGUUGUUUUAUAAAGAGACACUCAUUAAAACAAGUUUCAUAAGGUGCAACUCGAAA